UUUGCUGAAAAUAUAAUGAGUUUAAUAAGAGGAAGAAGGUGCGUGCAAAGGUAGCUAGCAAUAGAAGAAGAAGAGAGACUCCACCCGCUCUAACACGCAAAUUAUAGCCUAUAAAUAAUUGCUUUUACCUCAUCUACAUUUGAUUUCAUUUUUUAUAAAUUAUUAUUAUUUGCUUAAAUCUAUUUCGAUUUUUCCGAAUUUCAUUUGAUAGAUUUAUGCUAAUUUUGAUUUCCAUGCCGAGAAAGGUUAUUGCUGUAGAUUUUGGUAGCUUUCUGUAGCGAAAUUCUAUCAGAGUUUUUAGUCAAUGGACGGGGAUGGUUAUCCCAAUUCCAAGAUUGACGCCAGAGAAACUCGGGCCCUGGCUUCUAGGUUUUCCCAUCUCUCGGUGGGCGAGGAAACCCUCAACCAGAAUCAUGAUUCUCUGCUGAAUCACGGGGGGCAUGAAAAUUGUAAUGAACAAGGGAAAAAUGAUAAGGCGGCAGCUAGUGGAUUUAAUAAGAGAAUAAUGAAUGAAGCAAGGCCAAGGGAGUACGGUUCAGAUUUGUACCGAGGCUUCAUAGAGGAGAAUGAUGUUAGGCGGGAGUCUGAAACUUUACGUGGAGAGCAGAGGAAAUGCUUUUACUAUGAUGCUCCGCUUUCUGAAGAUACUGGAGUUUGGAUACCUGUUUCUGUUCCUCCUAUGUUGGAAACUGAGCGUGAAGAGUGGGAUAGAGGUUUCCACUUUCAUGGGGGUUACUUCCCUGAAGGUGACAUAGGGUGGAGCCAUUUCAUUGAAGAAGAUAAAGAGAUGACUAUGUGGGAUGUCAUGGUAGAAAUGUUACUUGCUGCCCGUGGCAAAGUGAACUCUUUUGCUUCUGGUGAUAUUAGUACAUGUAAAUUUUCAUGGAUAUCAAAUCAUGUACUUGAGCAGGCUUGGCAAGAAAUGGCUCAAACUCUCACAGAAGAUGUUACCAAUGUGAGGGAGAUCCUUGAGACAGACCCACCAAAAUGGUUGGCUGAUAGUGCUGCAUCUGCUUGUAUGUUAUGUGGUGUGCGGUUUCAUCCGAUCAUGUGCUCUAGGCAUCAUUGCCGGUUUUGUGGAGGAAUAUUUUGUGGCGAUUGCUCCAAGGGAAGGAGCUUGAUGCCUGCAAAAUUUCGCACUGCAGAUCCUCAGCGUGUUUGUGAUGUUUGUUUUGUGCGGCUUCAGUCUGUCCAGCCUUACUUAAUGGACCAAGUAAGUCAUGCUGCUCAGCUUCCAACAAAUGAUCUCACAGACCUUAGUACUCUAAGAUCAUGGCUCAAUGUUCCUUGGGGACAAUCUAUGGAAUAUGAGGUAUAUAAGGCAGUUAAUACAAUCCAAGCAUAUAACACGGUGUCUUCCUUGAUGCCGGAUAAGUCAAUUCCAGAUGCCAUUCUACGACAAGCAAAAGGCCUUGCAAUAAUUACUGCUGUAAAAGUUGGAGUUAUGUUUACCUAUAAUAUAGGAACAGGAAUUGUGGUUGCACGAAGAGAAGAUGGCUCAUGGUCUCCACCAUCAGCUGUUUCUACAUGUGGUGUUGGUUGGGGAGCUCAGGUGAAGAACUCAGCUGGAGGAGAAUUGACUGACUUUAUUAUAGUUCUGAGAACAAGUGAUGCAGUAAAGACAUUUAGUGGUAAUGUGCAUCUAUCAGUAGGAGCUGGCGUAAGUGCAGCUGUUGGUGUUGUUGGCAGAGCGGUUGAAGCUGAUAUUCGAGCUGGAGACGGUGGCUAUGCUACUUGUUAUACUUAUAGCUGUAGUAAAGGGGCAUUUGUUGGUUGUUCACUUGAAGGGAGUAUUGUGACAACCCGAGUACAAGUAAACUCUAAAUUCUAUGGCAGCCAGUCUUUAACUGCAGCAGAUGUUCUUCUUGGGUCUUUACCUAGGCCACCAGCUGCUGCCGUCCUAUACCGUGCUCUUGGAGACUUGUAUGAGAAGAUCGAAUGUUGAGAUGUCCAACUAGCUUGAUUGGACAUUGGGCAAAAACUUUCAAGAACAGUUUCCCUUAAACUGCUUAUAACUUGUUCAUAUUCAUUCUUCAAAGCAAUUAAGUUGUACAGGUCUUGCUGCCAUUCUUUGCUCUUAUUGACGCAGAGCAUGUAAAGGAAUAGAAGUUUUCAUCAUUAAGGCAAUGUAAAUAAAUUUAAGCACUUUCUAUGUAGUCUCAUCUUGGAUGGCCCAUUUUAAAUAAUAUCUUAUAUUGGAGAA